GGAUUCUCCGAGCAAGCAUUGCUUUUCAGAAACUCGCUUCAGCAUAUAUACCACUGUUUCUGGCGUAAUCUGACUGCCAUGGCAUCCCGAAUUGAUACCACAGUAUACCCGGGCAACAUCAUAAACAAUGAGUUCGUCCCAACAGCUAGAACUCGCCACUCUAUUAACCCUUCUACCGGCGAGCCUUUGUAUGAAGUGCCGUAUGCUACGAAGGAGAAUGUGGAUUCCGCCGUCCAGCAUGCUCGGAGAGCGUUCAAGAGCUGGUCUAGGACCACCUUUGGCGAACGUGCACGUCUUCUUCUCAAAUACGCAGACGCCAUUGAGUCUAAUCGCGAGCCGUUAGAAAGGCUACUUGUCUUGGAACAAGGAAAGCCACUCGGACUAGCGAAGACGGAGUUCAGCAUGACGUUGGAGUGGCUACGAGCCUUCGCUACAAUGGAGGUCAGGGAUGAAAUUCUCGACGAUAACGACGAGCGGACGAUCACGCAGACAUUCCCGCCACUGGGCGUCUGCUGCGGCAUUGUACCCUGGAAUUGGCCCGUUUUGCUUGGACUAGGCAAAGUUGGUCCGGCACUUAUCACGGGCAACACGAUUAUCAUCAAGCCAUCACCAUUCACGCCGUACUGCGACCUGAAGCUCGGGGAGAUAGGAAUGGGGAUCUUCCCACCUGGCGUGUUUCAGGUGCUCAGUGGAGGCGAUGACCUGGGUCCAAUGCUCACAGCACAUCCGGGCAUCGAUAAGAUUGCAUUUACCGGAUCAGUCGAAACGGGGAAGAAGGUGAUGCAGAGUUGUGCCAAAACGCUGAAACGGGUCACACUUGAGCUCGGUGGAAAUGACCCGGCAAUCAUCUGUGAGGACGUUGAUAUUGAUGCCAUCGUCCCGAAGAUUACUACUCUCGCGUUCCUUAACUCUGGCCAGAUUUGUAUGCUGAUCAAGCGAUUGUACGUCCACGAGAAGAUCUAUGACCGGUUCCGUGAUUCCAUGGUCACCUUUGCCAAAUCUAUCAAGACGGGCGAUGGGUUUGAGCCUGAUGUUCUCGUCGGGCCGAUCCAGAACAGCAUGCAAUACGGAAAAGUAAAAGACAUGUAUUCGGAAAUGUCCAAAUGCAACUGGACACAGGCACUCGAAGGCCAAGUGAUCAAGAACUCAAAGGGCUACUUCAUCAGCCCGGCAAUCAUCGACAAUCCCCCUGAAGACUCACGAAUUGUCACCGAGGAGCCAUUCGGACCCAUUGUGCCCAUCCUCAAAUGGUCUGACGAGGACGAUGUCAUUGAACGUGCCAAUAACAGCAAAGCCGGCCUGGGCGCCUCCAUCUGGAGCAAGGAUCUCGACCGGGCUGAAAGAAUGGCCAGGUGUCUUUCGGCAGGGAGUGUCUGGAUAAACUCACACUUUGACGUUGCUCCCAACGUGCCGUUUGGAGGACACAAAUGGAGCGGACUAGGAAGUGAAUGGGGGAUGACUGGAUUGAAGGCAUACUGCAAUUCGAGGUCUCUUUGGAAGUGGAAGAGGGUGAUGUAGAGGAUAAUGUCCCUGUUUACAUAGACUGGUUAUUUCAAUGGAUAUGUCAAUAUUCAACCACUGUAAAC